UCAAGACUGCCUGCGGUCAUACUAAUCUUGGCGCCCGAAAUCAAUGUGAAAUUCCUAAACACAAAAUCAAUUUCAAAUUACGAAUCAGCGCAGCGCAGAAGCAGGAUCGAAUAUGUCUCAUUUCGUCAGUAAUCCGUCCCACCAGAACUACUACUUUAAGGACUCCAUUGCCUACACCGAGGACCACAUUCCCGUGCAGAAGCUCUACUUUUACAGGGUUCCUCCAGGGCUCAGACAGGCCGAUUUAAGGAAGCACUUCGGGAUCUACGGGACUGUGCUGCACAUGCAGAUCUACGAGCCCCGCGGACGAGGCGGACGCGGCGGUCGCAAACCCAAACCCACUCAGCUGACGGGCCACGUCCUCUACGCCGAGGAACAAGCCGCAGCCAAGGCCCUGCACAGCCGGAUUCACCACCUGAAAGGACACAAGUUCCACGUGCAGGCCAGUGACAGCUGGCAUCAGCCGGAGGCCUAUGGACCGGCAAUGCCUACACCCAACGAGGAGACCUCACCUCCGCCGGCCAUCAUGAGCCUGAACGAUCAUUGCUUGGAGCACGUGCUGCAGGGGCUCACACUGUCUGAUCAGAUACACUUCGCCAGGACUUGCCUGCGCUUCAGGGCGGUCUACCAGAUGGCAACCGCCAGGCUGCACAAGGAGGUGAACUUGGCCCAGUUAGACGGCAUGACCGUGUGGGACAUGCGCGACUUCUUCAAGCUGUCCGGUUGCCAUGUACAGAAGGUGGAGGGCAUGAUGCCCACGAUUCACGAGCAGCGCCUGUGCGACUUCUUGGCCAUCAACUGCAGCAACAUCCAAACAAUGGAACUGUUCAACUGUCCCAUGUCAUCGCGCAGCAUGCACAAGAUAUUCGGAAAUAAGCCCCAGCUUGAGACGCUUCAUCUGAUCAAAUCGAAUAUCUCCGAUGGCGAUAUCUGGGCCCUGCGAAAUCUUCGCAGCCUGAAGACCCUCAAUCUGGAAGGAAAUCCAUUGGAAGGGAAAUACUUGUCCAAGCUGCCAUCCACCAUCGAAUCAUUGUCACUAAACAGUUGCACCUUCUUUGAGGGCCAUCACCUUUCCAAAAUAUGCAGUUCCUUUCCACGGCUAAAGGAGCUCAGUAUAUUGAAUAUAAACAUGUCGUGUGUUAAGAUCUACGAAACCAUAGUGCAAGAUAAGUCCUGUGAACAGCUUGAGUCUCUGUCGAUUAGCAUCGACGAGGGCGUGAAGUACGAAUUUGUUGCCCAAUUGCCCAGCCUGAAGCGGCUGUUUGUCUUCACCACCACGCCUGUGCGCGACACGUUUCGCGCGGAGCUCUUCGAGCAGCUGGCGCAGCACAAAGCGGAGCAGUUGGAGCAACUGGAGAUAUUUGGUCAUGUCCCUCUGACCAGGGAAAUGGUUCUGUACGUUGCCAAGCUGGUCGCACUACGCACUCUCACCGUAUCGCGCAUGCAGACGGACAAUUUGCUGGAUGAGCUAUGUAGUCUGUCCAUGCUGGAGAAGUUCACCCUUCGCCACUCGAUGAACGUACCGGACACAUUGAUCUUGCGCUUCUUCGAAGCCUGCCGCUAUCUGAGCUACGUGGCGCUGGAAGAUUUUAUCGCUCCUACCGAGAAAAUAGUGCUGGGCAUCGUGUCGAAGGUGCGCCAGGAAAUGGCCAACAUGGAGAUGAAGCGCAAGUUGCCCAUCCAGCUCUGGAUCCCGUGCCUGGACUCAUGCCUCGAGAAGCUUGUCAUGGAGCAUCCUGAGAAAGUUCCUCAGGACAUUAUCAAAAUUAAGUGCACGUCCUCCCUCGAAUAUGAUUUAAACACCGACUUCGCCAACUUGAUAGAGGACGAUGAGGAGUUCGAUUCGGAUGAUCUGGACAUUUUUGAUGAGUCGGAUGAUGAUGACUCUGAAUAUUUAAGCGACCACGACCUAUACGAUUUUUUUCUAAGCGAAGAGGAAUUGGACUCAGAUAUCGGCUUGGAUCCGGACUAUGGCUAAGUUCAUCCCUCGUGACCGUACGAUCGUAAUGGAGAUCUCAUCGGUAUCAGAAUGUAUGAUUCAGAUUGAUUACUAAAAAAUCCGCGAGAGCCGUUGAAACUUAUAAUUUAUUUAAUAACAAUUUAUACUCUUUGUUAAAUGAGAAUGCAUUGCCAAAUAAACUGGAGGUUGUGUUUUCUGAAUAAUGA